AUGGCGACGCCACGCGAAAGUUACCACGAGGAUGAUAUCGUGAUUUCUGGAAUUUCAGGAGCAUUUCCAAACAGCGACAACUUCGAAGAAUUCAAGGAGAAUUUAUUAAAAGGAGAAAAUAUGUUUUCAACCAGCGAUAAAUAUGGAGAAACUCAUAUCAAUGGUGUGCUGAAAACAAUCGAUCGUUUUGAUCAUACUUUCUUUCACAUAAAUCGUCACGACGCCGAAGGAGUGAUCAUCGGAUCGAGACUUCUACUUGAAAAAACAUUUGAAGCUGUGUUGGACGCAGGUUACAAUUUGCAAAAAAUAAAAGGUAAAAAUAUUGCUGUUGUUUGCGGAAUAUGGGACGCUAGUACCGAAAAUGAUCCAGCCUUCGAAGCAGUGGAAGAAAGGUUCACCGGAUCUGUUGGUACGGGUCAAUAUAUGUGUGCUAACAGAAUUUCAAGUUGGUUGGAUCUACAUGGUAAUAAAUUACAUACAUACAUAUACUGA